CAAGAGGGCUAGUCUAUAAUAGUAUAAUCUCUCGCAUAAUAAGAAGAUGGCCAACCCCAACAACGACUGGUCUCAAUUCUACAACAAACAAACCUUCUUCCCCACCACAAGCACCACCACGACCACCGCUUCCACGUCAGCUGAUUCUUCCGUUAACCCUGAAAGCCGCCGUGUUUCAAAGCCAACUCGUCGGAGGUCUAGAGCCUCCCGCCGUACACCCACUACACUUCUCAACACCGACACAGCCAACUUCAGAGCCAUGGUCCAACAAUUCACCGGCGGUCCAUCCGCCAUGGCUUUCGGUUCACCGUCAUCUGGUUUUAGCCUCACCUCGUCGGGACCCACAGCCGGAGCUUCUUCGGUCGGCUAUCAGUACGCUAAUUUCCAGAACCAAGUUGCUCAUCACGAAGUAUUGCAACAACAACGACAGUACAUGGUCUCGUCAUCAAACCACGUGAGUACUCAUCUUAGCUAUCCUAACACAGUGGUUUCCGAUGGUUUUCUGGCUAUGGAUGAAAGUAGAGACGGUGGAAGAGGAGGAGGAGGCUAUGCUCCAUCAUCGGAGAUGAAUAGCAAUACUACUACUUCAUGGUUGCAAUGAGGAUCGGUGGAUCAUUCUAUAUAUUUUAUUUCUGUAACUUAUUUUCUGAGGAAAAUAAACAUAAAAGGAAGAAAUGUUAGGUACUGACUUUGUUUGUAGCAGAAUGAAAACUUUGACUAUCGUAAUUUUUGUUUAAGUUGUGUUUUUCUUUAGGAUUUCUCUUGUAAUCACUUUGUGAACGCAUAUACAUAGACUGAAUAAAUUAAAUUUUCAUUUUCCA